UGUUUUACAUUUAGCUGCUGCUGGAAUGAUUGACAGUUCUGAAUGUGUUGAAUUGUUAAUAAAAUCUGGUUUAGAUGUUAAUGGUAAAGAUGAACGAGGAAAUACUCCAACAAUGGUUGCUUGUUUUUUAAAUAAACCUCGAAUUCUUAAAUCCCUUUUAUCAGCUAAUGCUGAUAUAACAAUUAAAAAUAAUGAAGGAAAAGAUGCAGCUGCUAUUUGUGAUGAAAGAGAUUCUGAUGAAUGCAAAGCUAUUAUUCAACAAAAAUAA